AGACUCGUGUGAAUGACGUGCUGUGAACUCUAGACUCAGUCAGGAUCUUGGCCUAAUCUGACAAGCGAGCGCUGACAUGCUUCAGCAAACGCCCUCGCAUAGUCGGCCGAUGUGUGCUGAGUUCUCCGUUGUAGAUGAGAUGAAACCUACGAGCCCUAGAAAAGAGAGGGAAACAAGGUGUUGCGCCUUGCAAAUUGGAUGCGACCAUCUUGCCGUUCAGCCCGCAUCUGCAAGGAACACUUGCAUGUCCUCUCCUUGCUUGUGCAUCCCCCACUUCACGACAGGAUGAGGUUAUUGUAUCCGUACUCUGUAUCCGUACGUUUAGGCGAGCUCUGUCGAGUCUGGCCUGGACCUGUCUAUGGACACUGGCCCAGCUCCCCUGGCACGCCUGGUAAGAGACGGUGGGAACAGGGAAUUACCAUGACGUGCGGGACAAUCUCCUUUUCCGAGGUUCCGAGGCGUGGCAGGGUAGUAUCCCUCGCUACCCUCAUUUAUCUUCGACACAAGCCUUAUAAGCAUCGUCGAAGAGCAUUUCGGACGACGACCUUAUGCUUCGAGUGUCUAGUCGUCUCGAAAUGGAACGGUAGGGAUACUCGAGAGGACAGGGUCCCAAAUCGGCCAGAGCGUCACAGGCCAUUCCCUAGCAUCAUCGUCGACUCUAGCAGAAAGAGAUGAGACGAGAUGCAUGAGAUGGCUUGGAUGAGAGGGCAAGCGGACUGACUUUCCCCACCUAAUAAACUUGUGACAAAAGCUAGCGAGCCCAGUGCCGCAAUCAGUCGAGCUUCACCUCUAUCAUCGAAACUUCGAUCCAAUCAACAUAGUGGCAGAGAGCCGGCUGAGAGGAUCCUUGUCCCCGUCCACACUGGCGUUCUGGAGAACGGAAGGGGUAUCGGAA